UUCCUGUUUUUGUGCAGUUGAGCCAUAUAAAUAGGGGACGUUUCUGGAUCUCUUUCAGACAGCUUAGGUGAGAUUUUUAAAGCAGAUCGCAGAUCCGAGAGCAGCGAAAGCGACAAUUAUGACCUUCUUCCACAACGUCAUUGUUUUUUUAACCUUGCUUUCAAGUGUCCGGCUCGAUGAAAUAGACCCCACUCCACCCCCAGUGAAAGCCAAAGCUACAGUGAGUUUGGGAUACCACCAUUUCUUCUCAGGGCAAGAUGUGGAGAUGACUUGCAGUGUCCCCGAUGACCCUUUGGCCAGUUGGACGUACGAGUGGUUCCACGAGGGUAAACUCGAAGGCUCCUCAGAGGUGUACCAGUUAAAGAAGGCACGAGUCCUUCAAAGUGGAAAGUAUACCUGUAAAGGACAGAAGCUGAUAACAGAUUGGCCGUACACCGUGGAGACGAUUCCAAGUGACCCACUUAAUAUAGAUGUUGAUGGUGGAUGGGCUAUUUUACAAACCUCAUAUGAGCCAUUGCUUAUCCAAGAAACAGCAACUCUGACCUGCCGUGUCCGUGAUGGUGCCUUCCUGUCGGAUGCUAUCUUCUACAAGGGUGAGGUGGAGAUCCAGAGGCAGAAAGGCAGCAACCUGGUGUUAAGCAGCCUUACACUUGAGGAUAAAGGCAUGUACAAAUGUACGGCCAUGUGGCUUGCGAACCAGGAAUAUCAGUCUUCCCAGUCUUUGCCUUCUCUUUUGAAUGUAUUAGAUAAAUUGGAGACUCCUGAAAUGAAGUUUGUCUCAGGUCGGGGUGUGGUGAAGCGUGGCACCAAAGUGAGCUUCAAUUGUAUCACCAAAGUAAAUGCUAGAGAAGCAGACCUGAAUCUAGAAUACUUCUAUCUGAAAGAUGGUGAGCGGCUAGGACCUGCUUCAGCCCAAGACACGUACGUCAUCUCAUUUGUGAGCAAAGAUGAUACUGGAGCCUACACCUGCAAAGUCCGUAUAAGGUCCCUGAAUUUGGAGAGGUGGAGUAAUAAGCUCUCACUUAGGGUCUUGUAGUCCACAAAAUUUGCCAAUAGAGCCAUGAUCCAGACCAGGAACAGGCAAAGCAAGACAGCUGUUCAUCUUUAAUCCAAGUUCGUCAUGGUUUUAGUAUAUUCCUAUUCCUUUGUUUUCUACCUUUCUCAUCUCCCAUCCAUGUUAUCACAAUUUCAAUCCUCUAAUAUAAUGUGUAUGUUUUAUACUAGAUUUCGAUCAUGCAAAUUUUAUUUUGAUUUAGUGUAAACCUCUACACCACAUUUCAUCAUAUGCAAUUUUGCAAGGAGAGAGACAGAGUUUGUUUUUCUAUUUGAUUUUAAUACACAUGCAUGAUUGGCUGAUUUUUAAAUCUGGAAAAAAAAAAGCAAUACAUUUUUUUCUUUAUAAAAUGUAUGUAUAAUAAAUGAUUUUGUUUUACAAGCUAUCAAUAAACAAAUGGACAUGCUUAUACAGCAUAUAACAGGCUAUUAAAGAUAAUAAAGUAAUACACAAGGUUCAUCA